ACUUUUCUUUUGUCGCAGAAUAUAACCAAUCGGUUUUGUUUGUACCGGAGGGGUUAAUGGCAAAUUAUAUAAAUACUCCUCAUUUUCUAUAAAAGUGAAUAAUUGUAAUUUUCUUUUAGUACUAGCAAUUCAAUUCAAUUACCUUAAAUUGCCUAUUGUUAAACAUAAAACUCUAUUAAUUAAUUAAUAAAUAUUAAAUUCAAAAUGUCUCAAAUUACAGUUGAUGAUAAAUUCCCAACUUCAGUUAACCCAAAAUACGUUCCAUAUGCUAAAGCUAAUGAUCACCUUACUGCUUGUGCCAAUCCAAUUGAAUUGAACUUAGCUAAAGAGUUUGCUGGUAAGACCGUAGUUGUUACUGCAGCUCCAGGUGCUUUCACUCCAACAUGUACUGAACAACAUAUCCCUGAUUAUUUAAAGCACUUGCAAGAUUUUAAAGAUAAAGGGGUCUCAAAAAUCAUUGUUUUGACAGCUAACGAUCCAUUCGUCUUAGCUGCAUGGGGUAAAGCUUUAGGUUAUAAAGAUGAAGAGAACUACAUUGUUUUUGCUUCCGAUCCAUUGUCUAAGAUCUCUAAGUCAUUAGGAGAUUCUUAUGUGGAAGAUUUAAGUGCUGCUGGUUUUGGGGUUAGAACUGGUAGAUAUGUGGUAAUUGUCAAGAAUGGAGUAAUCGAUUAUCUUGCCAAUGAAGAUGGUCUUGGAUUCAGUGAAAUCUCGAGUGCAAACACUGUUUUAGAAAGACUUUAAUUAUAGUUAGUUUGCUCUGAUUAUGUAAUUUUUAAUAUAUCGUGUUGUAUAUAUAGAGG